UUGAAGGUUGGUGUUCGAGGAAAAGACAUUGUUGUUCUUGGUGUGGAGAAGAAGUCUGUGGCCAAACUGCAGGAUGAGAGGACGGUGCGGAAGAUCUGUGCCCUGGAUGACAAUGUCUGCAUGGCGUUUGCAGGCCUCACUGCUGACGCCAGGAUAGUCAUCAACAGGGCCCGGGUGGAGUGCCAGAGCCACCGGCUGACGGUGGAGGACCCAGUCACUGUGGAGUACAUUACCCGCUACAUCGCCAGCUUGAAGCAGCGCUACACACAGAGCAAUGGACGCAGGCCAUUUGGCAUCUCUGCCCUUAUUGUGGGUUUCGACUUUGAUGGCACCCCCAGACUCUACCAGACUGACCCGUCGGGCACAUACCACGCCUGGAAGGCCAAUGCCAUAGGCCGGGGUGCCAAGUCGGUGCGCGAGUUUCUGGAGAAGAAUUACACCGACGACGCCAUUGAGACGGACGAUUUGACCGUCAAGCUAGUUAUCAAGGCCCUUCUGGAAGUAGUUCAGUCAGGCGGCAAAAACAUCGAGCUGGCUGUCAUGAGGCGAGACCAGCCCCUCAAGAUUUUAAAUCCAGAAGAAAUUGAGAAAUAUGUUGCUGAAAUUGAAAAAGAAAAGGAAGAAAAUGAAAAGAAGAAACAAAAGAAAGCAUCGUGACGGAUAAAAUACUUGCUAGGAGCGAUUUUUAAAUGCAAAUCAUGGGUGAUGCGCGAACCAACGUGCAGGCGUUGUCCGUGUCCUACAAUAAAUUUCCAUGUUUUUUAACUUC